AUGGUUGUGUACAAAGUGACAGUGAAGACCGGUGACAAGAUGGUGGAAGGCACGAUCGAUCAUGUCUUCAUCACCCUCCAUGGCACGGAGGGCAAGAGCGAGCGCAAGAAACUCAACGACUCUCCUGAGCUCAGCAGUGGCGUGGAAAAGGAGUACAAGGUGGAGUGCGAGGCCUCGCUGGGGAAAGUGUUUCUGAUUGGCUUAGAGAAGGAGCAGUAUCUCUUCUUGCCGGAUGAUGAUUGGUUCUGCCUGACGGUGAUGGUGAAAACGCCAGAGGACGAGACGCUGCAUUUCCCAUGCUACUCGUGGGUCAUAGAAAGACAGCUCCUGUUGGUUGAGGACCCCAAGGAGCUGCCGCAUGAGGCCCGCUUCUCCCUGGACAAACGCAUGGACGUGCUGCUCACCGCCAAGACCAUGAUCGCUGAACUGACGAUAAAAUUCCUCGCAUCCAGCAAGAAGCCUUGGGCCAAGCUGGACGACAUAGGCCAAGUCUUCUGGUUCAACAAGACCCAGGCAUCUGGUUAUGUGCAGCAGCACUGGAAAGAGGACGAGUUCUUUGGCUAUCAGUUUUUGAAUGGUGCCAACCCCAUGACCAUCCAGAGAUGCCAGCAGCUGCCACCCAAGUUUGCCGUCACCAAUGACAUGGUGCAACCAUUUCUGGGAGGAAGUACCCUGCCGGCAGAGCUACAGAGUGGCAACAUUUUCCUGUGUGAUUACUCCCACCUGGCCGAGGUACCAACCAACGUCAUCAACCAGCGACCGCAGUACGUCCCAUCACCCUUCUGCCUGCUCUUCAAAAACAAGGAGGACAAACUGGUACCCAUCGCCAUCCAGCUGAGGCUGGAGCCGGGCGAGACCAACCCGGUGUUCCUGCCUGGCGACAGCGAGGAGGCGUGGCUUCUGGCCAAGACGCAGGUGCGGGCCGCCGACUUCAUCCAGCACCAGUUCCACUUCCACCUGCUGCGCACGCACCUGCUGGCGGAGGCCUACGCCAUCGCCACGCUGCGCCACCUGCCCUCAGCCCACCCCCUCUACAAGCUGUUGGUCCCACACCUGCGUUACACCCUCCACGUCAACACUCUGGGCCGUGAGAGCCUGAUCUCUGAGGACGGAGCCAUCUCUAUGUACACAUCCACGGGCCGUGAAGGCAUGGAGGUGGUGAUGAAGAAAGCCAUGCAGGCUGUGAAAUACAGCGCCCUCUGCCUGCCAGAAGACAUCAUUGCACGUGGCCUGGAAGCAGUACCCAACUUCUACUACAGAGACGACGGACUGUUGGUGUGGAUCGCCCUCAACAAGUAUGUGGAGGGUGUCCUAGCGAUCUUCUACCCCUCAGAUGCAGAUGUGUCGUCAGACGAGGAGCUACAGGGCUGGAUUGAGGACAUCUACAAGCACGGCUUCCUGGAGCAGGCCAGCACAGGAAUCCCCAGUGUCUUCUCCUCUGUCAAAGAGGUCACCAAGUUUGUCACCAUGGUGAUAUUCACCAUGACAGCACAGCACUCUGCCUUGAACAGCGGUCAGUUUGAUUUUGGAGGCUGGCUCCCCAAUUGUCCAAACUCUCUUCAGUCCGGAGCCCCAUGCAGCAAGGACCAGAUCAGAGAGGCAGACCUGCUGCUGUGUCUGCCCGACGUCAACACCUCCGUCUGGGGCAUAGCGGGCGCCUGGCUGGCCAGCAAGAAGAGUGGAGACUUUGUGCCUCUGGCCCAGCACCCUGAGCAGUACUUUAGCAGUGAACCGGAGGUGCAGGGCUUGGUCGACCAGCUGAGAGAGGACCUGAAGGAGAUCAGCCAGAAGGUGCAGGAGAGGAACAAGGACCUCAAGGACCUGCCCUACACCUACCUGGACCCCGAGAACAUCGAGAACAGCGUCACUAUUUAACUCACCUGGACCCCGAGAACAUAGAAAACGGCGUCACUAUUU